CAUCUUCCAGAUGUCGCAGUCCCAACGCUUGCAGUGGUAGCAGCAUCAAGUCUGCUGACCCCUCCUCCCUCUCUUCUCGACGGCCCUCCGCCACCCUUCCAUUCCGAAAGUCGACGUCGCCGAUCCUUUUAUCGCCACCACCACCCUCAUCAUUGUCGAACACGCAAUCAGGAUACUUUCCAGGAACAAUGACGCCCGCGACCACAACCACUUCGAUCACCGCCGCUCCCGCCACCACUGCUGCCGCCCUCUCCUCCUCUAUUCCUACAUCCAUCCCGACGCCCGACCCGGGCGCGCUCACCGCGGGCCCGCCCCGGCCGGGAGAAUGCAGCCUCCUGGGCUCGUUCGCCAUCUUCGUGCAGCUGGCCCUGGGAGGGUUGGCCCUGCUGUCGCUCGUGUACAAGCGCUGGCGCGAGCGGCCGCAGCGACCCGUCAAGAUCUGGUUCUUUGACGUCUCCAAGCAGGUCUUUGGGAGCGUGCUGGUGCACGGCGCCAACGUCUUCAUGUCGCUGCUGACGAGCGGCAAGUUCAGCAUCGAGGCGGACGCGAGCGCCGUGGCGCACGGGAGGGUUGUGAGGAGGGCGGUUCUGGAGGGCGUUUUCGGGCGAGGUGGUAUCAUCGGGGCGAGAGGAGAGGAAGGUGAAGGCUAUGUGCCGAAUCCGUGCUCGUUCUAUCUGUUGAAUCUCGGGAUUGAUACGACUCUCGGCAUACCGAUCCUCAUCUUCAUCGUCCGCCUCCUGACCCGCCUCGUGGCUCUCACGCCCCUCGGCAGCCCCCCCCAGUCGAUCCAGAGCGGCAACUACGGCACACCGCCAAAUGCCUGGUGGUGGCUCAAGCAGAGCAUCAUUUACUUCUGCGGGCUCAUGGGCAUGAAGCUUGUCGUGCUUGUUCUAUUCAUGAUGCUUCCCUGGCUGCCACGCGUCGGUGAUUGGGCGCUCGGCUGGACCGAGGGCAACGAGAAGCUGCAAAUUGUUUUCGUCAUGAUGCUGUUCCCGCUCAUCAUGAACGCCCUGCAGUACUACAUUAUCGAUUCGUACAUCAAGAAGCAGGAGGCUCUCGCCGCUGACGGGAACGCCGGCGCGGGCGCUGGCGAGUCCGUCGUGUACGAGGAGCUCGCCGGAUCAGACAGUGAAGCGGAUAGUGACGAGACCGACGACGAGGACGAUGCGCGGAAGAGCCUCAACACCGGCCGGGAUUCGCCCCUGCGAAUGGAGAGGCGCGAUUCCGUCACGAGACGGCGCUCCAGCCGGGACGCCGAGUACGAUCCGGCUGCGGAUGGCGACAGCCAGACGGUGAUCGGCAGCAACUCGAGCCACGUUUCAAGCAGAGGGACGCUGCCAAAGGAGCUGCUCCCCACCGAGUGAGCAGAACGGGCUGUUGCAUCAUAUGCAUCAUAUACAUGGAGUAAUGUGGGCUUUGGUUUUCUGGGGUUGUGGACUGUGCUAGGCGU